CUGAAGCAAGUACCACGAGCGCUACUGAGGCCACAAGCACAACAGCUGCAAAAAAUACAACAGCAGAGUUUUUUACCACUGUUAUUUCUACGGACCGCAGCUUGUCUAGCUCUACAGAAAGUAUAACUACAAUCUCAAAUACUUUGACAACGACGGAUCCAUACAUCUCUACAAGCUCAAGACUUUUUACCACUGUUAUUUCUACGGACCGCAGCUUGGCUAGCUCUACAGAAAGUAUAACUACAAUCUCAAAUACUUUGACAACGACGGAUGCAUACAUCUCUACAAGCUCCAGACGAACCACUGAAAGCAGUACCACCACAUCUUACUCUGAAACUACCAAAACAGACGCAACAACAUCCAAGCUCACUACAAGUGACACCACUAUAUUGACCCCUGGGGUCACCACCAGCGACACCACUACAGUGACCCCUGGGGUAACCACCAGUUUCACCACCACAUCGACCCCUGGCACAACAUUGACAUCAGGAAUCACCACAUCAACCACUGGAUCCAGAGUCACUGCGGAUUUGACAACUUUAAUGACCACUCUCCCUGCAGCAGAGUCCACCGCGCUACUUCCGUUUGGGGGUGUGGCCAAUGAUGAAAAGGGCAGGGGUGGGGAUGAUGCUCUGGUCGCUGUUGUGGAGAACCCUGUGGGAUUCACGUGUAACUGCCAGAUAUCCAACAGAGUAUUUAUACACACCAAUGGAUAUAUAACACUGGAUUCAAAUUUUGAAAGUGCAAAGCCCGCGUUGCUAAAAUCGGGCAAUUCACAAAAAAUAGUGGCACCAUUCUGGUCAGACAUAGAUCUGAAAAAUGACUCCAAAAUCUGGUACCAUCUGUAUAAUAAAUUUGACUCUACGGAUGUUUCCUUAAUUAUGUCCGAGGUCAAAUCGUUAGUGAGGGGAAACUUCAGAGAAAGCAGUGUAGCGGAUUCAUUUGAACCGAACACAGUGCUUGUGGUCACGUGGGAGAAUGUGGUUCAGUCGCCAGCUCGACUUCACGAGACUCAGAAUGCCACAUUUCAACUUCUGCUGGCCAGUGACGGGCUGACGACUUACACUGGGUUCUUGUAUAAAGCCAUGCAUUUCUUGCCCCCGAAGAAAGCUGUGAUGGGGUAUCGAUGUGGAGGAUCACCCCGCAGUAUUUUCAAUCUUCCAGGCUCCCUCACUCCUUCCAUCUACAGUGAAGUCAUCAACAAAGGCGACAAUGCUAAGAAUACCAAAGGACUGUGGAUGUAUAAGUUGGACACUUGUUCCAAUUCUGACAUUAAUUACGUGGAGAGGUGCCACAACUGGAGGAUAACAUCAGCUCGAGGCGAGCAGGAAAUGACAUCACUGGCUCACGGCCUUCUUGCUUCUUGUCCAUGUAAUGUCCGUCAGAUGCAGGCUGAUCCUCGGUUCAUGGCCAGCACAGAGGAACCAGGCUGUUACUUCAAAGUCCAUUCCCCUGGGGAUUACUUGUUCACCCGGAAAUGCUGCUACAGCACAAGUUCCCCCGAGGGGCCCCUUUUGACGGGUGUGUCAGGUGCGGGCUUUGUGUACCUGUACAACCCUCUGUUGUACCCCUCCCUCUCCCUGAGUCAUGAUGUGACCCCCUACACUUGGUGCUGUGUGAAGGCCGGACUCUGUGACUUGUUCUUCAACCAGAGACCCUCUGACAACUGCUUGUCAUACAAACCACCAGAAAGUGGCAUUAGCUAUGGCGAUCCACACAUUGACACGAUUGAUGGAUAUUCGUAUACUUACAAUGGGAUUGGAGAGUACACCAUGCUGGAGAUAAGAAACAUCUCAAGCGAAGGAACAGUUUUCGAGCUUCAGUCACGAACAUCAUUAGCACAGAAUAUUUCUGGGAGCCAAGUACCAGCUUCUAUUUUCAGUGCCUUCGUGGCCAAGGAAGAUAAUGUCACAGCUCAAGUGGAAGUCAAUCUGCAGAAAAAUGGGAUGAUCGUGUUCUGUAACGGCUUGGAUGUCACCAACGAGUUCUACCAGGACAUGAACUACAUAUGUACAAUCCACAACCAGCUUCGUCUGUCUCGUAAAUCCCAGCUCAGCAACCAUUCAGUACAAAUCCUCUUUGCUUCAGAGAUUGCCCUGACAAUAUCUUUCAAUGUAGAGAUGUUGGAUUUGACCGUGCUGCUUCCGACAUCUCUGUCAAAUGUCACCUCUAUCGGGGGACUUUUGGGAAACGUUAACGGCAACUCCACCGAUGACCUGACCCUGAAAAAUGGCUCAGUUCUACCAGAAACCCCCACUGAAAGAGACAUAUAUUCUAUCUUUGGAGAAUCUUGGCGCAUAGACUGUAAUGAAUCCCUAUUCUACUACCGAGCUGGAGAGGACUGCAAUAUGUACCAGAACACCAGCUUUACACCAAUGUUCCUGGAGGACUUUAACUCUACGCGGCUAGCUGAGGCCAAUAAGACGUGUAAGGGGGAGAGAGGCUGUCUGUUCGACUUCCUCAUCACGGGAAACAAGGACAUCGCAGACAACAGCAAACGUGUGAUGGACAUAGAGGUCCAAAGGCAGCUAGAAGCAGAAAACAACCCCCCUGAGAUCAAAGGUCAGCUGAAGGUCAAUGCAACCUUGGGACAGAGUCUGAACUUGUCAGCGGAUGCUUUUGAUCCGGAUGGAGACCUUGUGACAGUGAUUAGUCCAGACGGAAACUCCACAGGGUCCGGAACAGCUAACAUAUCUUACAUCUAUACCCCUACAGCCGAGCACCAGCAAAUCAGUUUCUGGGCUGUGGAUAUGAAGGGUUCAGCCUCCCACACCCUGACUGUAGUGAUUGUUAAAUGCUCUGGCUGUUCUGGUCACGGUGACUGUGAUUUUGACCACCCCACACCGACCUCUCAGCCCAACCAGCUGUCUGUACCCUGUAUCUGUCACAUCGGUUGGGAAGGUGAAAGUUGUUCAGUGGACAUAGAUGGUUGCCAUGACGACCCCUGUGUGUCCCCCUCUGUUUGCUCAGAUAACAGUCCUGAGGAACAUAAUAACACAAGUGUAGCCUACAAAUGUGACAAGUGUAUCCCCGGAUACAUACAGGGCAACGAAAAGAAGUGUGUGGAUGUGGAUGAGUGUGUCAGUGGUAGCCAGUGUGGAGUCCGUCAGCAGUGCACCAAUGUGGAGGGCUCCUUCAGCUGUAGCUGUCAGUCAGGGUACCGUUCAGACCCCAACCAGGACCUGGAAUGUCUCGAUGUGAACGAAUGCUUAGAACAAACGAGUGAAUGUGAACAGCUGUGUAACAACACAGAGGGAGGAUAUGUGUGUUCCUGUAGAAAGGGCUAUAUCCUGAGCCAGGACAACAAAACCUGUCAGCAAGACAUUGUCCCAGUUGGCUGCACCAACUUUGGCUGCUCUCACAUCUGUGUUGUGGAGUCAGGAUCCCCCCGCUGCUACUGUAAAGACGGCUUCACACUAGCAGAGGACGGGAAAGCUUGCCGUGAUAUUGAUGAAUGUCUGGAGGUGACUGGCAAGAAAUGUCCUCAGUUGUGUACAAACACUGAAGGCGGAUAUACAUGUAGCUGUGUGACAGGCUUCCAACUGAUGGAUGACCAGAAAUCUUGCACAGAAUGUGACACUGUUCACUGGGGCGUGAACUGUAACCAGUCAUGUGACUGUACCCAGAAUUCCAUCUCCUGUGAUUCUAAGUUUGGCUGUCAGUGUAAGGACGGUUGGUCAGGGACCCACUGUGAGGUCAACAUUGACGAGUGUGUGGGUGGGGGACCGUGCGGGGGUCUGGAGAACUGUGUGGACACCCCCGGGUCCUAUGUGUGUCAGUGUAAGGCGGGCUACCUGAGGAAUCAGACCACUGGAAACUGUGAAAAUAUUAACGAGUGCAAGGAGUCUCUCUACAACUGUACAGUGUUGGAGGUUUGUGCCGAUACCCUGGGAAGUUAUCGAUGUGACUGCCUGCCUGGGUAUCAAAGAGAGGCGUCUGGACAAUGUAGAGAUGUGAAUGAGUGUGAGCUUCAGACAGAUGAAUGUAAUCAUCACUGUGUCAACACCGAGGGUAGCUACAACUGUAAAUGUAACAUAGGCUACUUACUACAGGAUAACAGGAGGACCUGUGUCAAAUCCUCCAACCCCUGUGAGGGAUCCAGCCUGACCUGUGAUGAGGCCCUGGGAGGAUGUACAACCAACAGUUCAGGCUCCCCCUUCUGCUUCUGUCUCCAGGGAUAUCGGCUCAAUCAGACCUCCAACCAGUGCACAGACAUAGAUGAGUGUGCUGCACAUGGCUGUUCAGACCUCUGUAACAACACGGCGGGGGGAUUUCAUUGCUCAUGCCCCCCGGGGAAUGGUCUGCUGGCAGACAAGAAAACGUGUCAAGGUUGUAACAAGACAGACAGUUGGGGCGUUGGCUGUGAGAACCAGUGUGGCUGUGGAGUGGGGGCACUUUACUGUGACUCUCUGGGAGGGUGUGUGUGCGAGGCCGGCUGGACCGGCGCCCUGUGCUCGACAGACAUAGAUGAAUGUCACAACAGCUCCACCAAUCAGUGCAGAGAGAACUCUCACUGCGUGAACCGUGAGCCAUCCUACAUCUGUCAGUGUGAUCCUGGAUAUACCAAACUCUCCAACGGUCAGAGUACCCAGUGCACAGACAUCAAUGAGUGUGAGACAAACCAGCAUGACUGUUCCCAGCGCUGUUACAACAUGGACGGUGGAUUCCUCUGCUCCUGUAGCGAUGGAUUCAUACUGGACGCUGACAACAAGACAUGCCAUAAUCUAGACGAGUGUACUUUGAAGAGUGACGACUGCCAACAGAUCUGUGUGGACACCCUGGGCAGCUUCUUCUGUCAGUGUCACACGGGCUUCCACCUGGCCGAUGACCAGCGCACCUGUGUCCAAGAUUUGGAUCCCUGUAAUGCUGCAAAGAACUGUUCUUAUGCCUGUAGAAUCAAGGAUGGAAACCCUGAAUGUUACUGCAGCUCGAACUCUCGCUUAAACCCACAAAACAACGAAACUUGUGUUGCCAUAGACAACAAGAUCCCUGUCAACAUGACCACCGAUUACCCCUUCCUGGAGGACCUUCUCCACCCCCCAACUGCCAUCUACAAGAACACCAAGAAAGACUUUGAGGACUCUUUGAGAAAAUCCUUCAGAGAGAUACCUGGUUUCGAAAAUGUUGUGCCUGUAGUUACAAAAUUCAGGAAAGAUGCUGCACAGUCUGGCAAUACGACUGUGGAGUUCUACCUGGUGAUGGACAGAGAUGUUACCCCCGAUGACAUAGCCAAUGUGAGCUCUGCUCUGGUAAACCUCCGACGCUCCAAAAUCAGUGUCAGACUUUCCAAGUACAAUAUCCUGCGUGAACCUACUGUAGGAACCAGUCAAGAGCCUGCCCAGUGUGUGCUGUGUCCACAAUCUUGUUACUUCCACACUGCUUCUGAGUACCUCUGCAGAUCUUCCCUUGAUGAGGACAAGACUUUGAUGGUACAGCUGUCCUUGGAGAGGGACUUUGAUCCCGCUCUCAAUGACUCCCGUAGCCCCGGAUUCAAAGAGUACUCGGACAAGAUCGCAUCCUCUCUUGGUACAAUACUGACCCUGACAAACAUUGAAGAGAUCUAUGUCAGCGAGUUUAGGGAGAUAUCAAACUCAAAAACCCAGAUUGUUGUCCACGUAUCACUGAACACCAGUGUGACGGAGGGUGUCAGGCGGACGGUCGGGCAGACGCUAUAUCAAACGGUGGACAGCAAGAAGUGCCUGGACCUAGACCCCAGCUGUGUGGCCCUCAACAACCAGACCUACAUAGGAAAUUCCACCAGCCUCAUCGCAGUGAUAUGCUACACAUGCUCUGCACAACAAAUCUGUGUAAAGGCAACAAAUGAAUACCAGUGUGUGGCAGCCCCGGCCACAACUGUUACCACCCCCGCACAAACAGAAGUGCCCUCUAACAUUGACCUGAUUCUUGGCCUGGGUCUGGGUCUACCCCUGGGGCUGAUCCUCUCCCUCCUGGUUCUACUACUGAUGUGUCUCCUCUGUCGACGACGUAGACGGGCCCGUCGGUCCAGCACAGACUCGGAGUUCUCGUCCGUAGAUCCCUACCAUAUCCGGGCAGCAUUUGGCUCUGUCAGCUCCAAGAUUUCGGGACACAAACCCCAGGAGUUUGGGGGGCUGGGGGUGGGAAUGUUUGGAGCAUCGCCCUUUGGUCAGCAGCCCAGGGACAUCAUUGACUCCCAGAGACAACAGCAGGAAUUCCCUGAGCUGCCCUUCAGCUACGGGAACAGGUUCUAUAGACCUGAAGGAGACACCUUCAAUGAAAGUUCCUAUUUCGAAUCUCGUAGAGAAGACCUCCCUCCCUCCUCCAACUUUUCCUGGGACUUUCUGUUCAAUACACUGGACCCCAAGGAGGAGUUUCGAAUAGAUAGACCAAGUUUUGCGCAAACGCCCACAGCUCCUUAUAUGGAAGACUUUGGGUCUGAAGCGUAGCUUCCUGAUGAAGGAACCAACCAAAGACGUACAUACUACCAGUAAUCCUUCCUCGUGAAGGAACCAACCAAAGACGUACAUUAUCAUCUUUAACUUAACGAGACAUCGCCACAUCCAUCUCAUGCCCGCCAUCCUCCAUUAGUUUCACAGACUUGUAAUGGUGCUGAUAUCAAACUCUUUGUGUUUUUAUUUGUUCUUUGUUUGUUGAAGUGCCAAGCAUUUCAUCUUUGUGGGAUCAAGAUGCGUCACUAAAUAGUCAGUGCAUCAUCUAGUAUGGAAGCAUAAAAAUACUAGUUUAGUAGACGAAUAUUGUUUAUUAUGUAUAAUGCAAUCCUCGUGGGAGUUGUUUGUAGAGAUACAGACAGUCUGGUUCUUAUAGAGUUGUUUCCCUUUCAUGAGAUUUUCUUUGUGUUCAGCUAUUAUUCUUGACUGAUAUGUCCACUUGCCAGAUUGUUUAAUUCAUGUGUUUUAACUUGUUGUGAGUGUAAGCUUUGAUACAUUGUAUGCAACAAACGUGGAGAAGGGAGACUCUGGCUCUCUUAUUUAGUGGCUCACUAUAUCAGUAAGAAACACGGCCAAUGAACUAGAGUGGAGGCCUAUGGUAACUGUAUAAACUAGAUCUUAUGUUGUACAUGUACUGCUUUAUUUCACAUUCCGUGACAUUGUUUUAAUAAUUAAAUAUACACAGUAUACACAUCUGAGGUUCUUCUAAAGUCUUACCAGCCAAUCAUAGUUCGAUUAAUUUUGUAAAUGAUUCAGAAAGUAAUGACCGACUGCCCCUUAUCCCCCUGUUCAAUAUGAAUCUGGUUAAAUUCAGCUGAACAUUCUGACAUGCUAUUGCUCGUUCCAGAGCUGUAGCGGGGUGUAUCAGAACUACUGAUUGACUCAGGAAGGUACAUUACUACUUCUGCUGAUAGUCUGUGUACUAUACUUAUCCGUCCAUCUAUUCAUUAUUGAAGUUCAGAUGUUUACACUAUAUAGUGGGGUAUGGGGGAGGCAGAUUGAGAAAGUCUGUGCAAAAUAUAGCAUUUCAUCAUGAUCAACUCUAUACUAUGGUAGCUAGCUUCUGAUUAUUUAUGUUGUUUUAAUAUUUAUACCUGUGUUAAAGUCAAUUUAUGUUGAACACACUUGAACAAAAUUGAACAUGUCUUAUUUUUGUGAUUCUUAAAGUUCUCUCCCUAAUUUGCUUAUAAAAAUAUAUGUUGAUGCAUCUAUGAGGUUCAAUUGUUUACAAAUUCUAUUUAAUAUAUCUUAUAUUUUUAUAUUAAUAUUUUUAUGAAUUAAAUAUAUUUCAUACAA